AUGGCUGCCAAGAAAUUCCCUCGUAACCCUAACCUAAUCAAUGGAAUCGGUAAAUUCUUCCGUUCCAAAAUGUACCACAAAAAGGAUCUUUGGGUUAUCAAGAAGAAAAAGGGCGGCAAAUUCCCCAGCCACCCAAAAUCCACCGCCAUCGUUGCUCCGUCCUUUACCACCGGCAUCAAACCACCAAAAUUCUACCCAGCUGAUGACGUGGAAAAAUCCCUCAUCAACGAACAUAAACCAAAACCCACAAAAUUGAGAGUCAGUAUUACACCUGGUACUGGUUUGAUUAUUCUAGCUGGGAGAUUUAAGGAAAAAAGAGUUGUGUUCUUAAAACAACUUGUAGGUUCUGGACUGUUACUUGUUAGUGGGUCGUUUAAGGUUAAUUGGGUUCCACUAAGGAGAGUUAAUCAAGCUUAUGUUAUUGCUACUUCAACGAAAGUGAAUGUUAGUGGAGUUAAGAUUGACAAGAUUCAACGGAAAGGGUUUUUGCUGGUUGAUAUUGUUAUUGCUGUUCAUUGUCAAAAAAAAAAAUUAUAUAUCCGUGAAGAGGGUCUUUACUUUGCUAUGGUUGAUAUUGUUGUUGUUCAUCAUAGAAAAGAAAAUAUUGUUAUUGUUCCCGAAGAGGGUCUUUGCUGA